CUGAUGAAGCCGUUUCCUGAACGUCUCCCAAUGCCACAAAACCAAAGCAUUUUCAACUAUCGGCUCAGUUAUUGUCGAUGCACAGUCGAAAGAGCGUUUGGUCAUUUGAAAAAUCGCUUUCGUUUACUACACAAGAAAUUAGAAUUCGAUUUAGAUCACAUAAAGUUGAUCAUAAAAGCGGCUUUCAUUCUUCAUAAUAUUUGU